AGGAUUGUUUUAUUUUGAAAUUGACAUCACAACCGGAUGUGUUAUAAGACAUUUUGGGGCAAUCGACGGUGGUGUCAUACAGUCGCUCGCUGGUGGGACCGCUUCUCCCGGAAAAAAGGGACAAACUCCUAAAACCAGCCCGACUAAGGAAAUCAACCAGCAACUCGGACAUAAAGUCAUCGAUCCGAGCGAACUUGUAAGAGUCUACUUGUCACAUCCGGCAGCAGCCAUGUCGGGCUCCUACGACGACUCCAUGAUCGACGUCUCCAGCGACAGCUUCUGGGAGGUGGGCAACUACAAGCGCACGGUGAAGCGGGUGGACGAUGGCAACAGACUGUGCAACGACCUCAUGAGCUGCAUCCACGAGCGGGCGCGCAUCGAGAAGUCGUACGCCCAGCAGCUGAGCGAGUGGGGCAAGCGCUGGAGGCAGCUCAUAGAGAAAGGCCCCCAGUAUGGCAUGCUGGAGCGGGCGUGGUCGUCGCUGUGCACGGAAGCGGAGAAGGUCAGCGAGCUGCACAUGGAGGUGAAGGCGGCGCUGAUGGGCGAGGACUUUGAGCAGCUGAAGAACUGGCAGCGCGACGCCUACCACAAGCAGAUGAUCGGCGGCUUCAAGGAGACCAAGGAGGCCGACGACGGCUUCCGCAAGGCGCAGAAGCCCUGGGCCAAGAAGCUCAAAGAGGUGGAGACCAUGAAGAAGAUGUACCAUUCAGCCUGCAAGGAGGAGAAGCUGGCGGCCAGCCGGGAGAACAACAGCAAGCUGGAGAGCAACAACAAUCCCGAAGUGCUGAAGAAGCUCCAGGAGAAGGUGGAGAAGUGCCAGCAGGAGGCACAGAAGACAAAGGAACGCUACGAAAAGUCCCUGGAGGAGCUGGACAAGCUGACGCCUCAGUACAUGGAGAACAUGGAGCAGGUCUUUGAGCAGUGGCAGCAGUUUGAAGACAAGCGCAUUCGCUUUUUCAAGGAGCUCCUGCUGGAAGUCAAGCAGCACUUGGACCUCUCCACCAAUCACAAGUUCCAGACGAUCUACCACACGCUGGAAGACACCAUCGCCGCCACGGACGGCGAGGAGGACCUGAAGUGGUUCCGGUCCAACCACGGUCCUGGCAUGCCGAUGAACUGGCCUCAGUUUGAGAACUUGGACUGGUCCCACGUUCACUCCUUUAAGAGAAGGUCCAUUGUAGACUGGUCCAUAGACCUGAACCGGACCCUCAGCAGGCGGGGGACGAAGAAGACCUCCGAGGGCGUCACGCUGACGGGCAUCAGUCAAACCGGGGCCGACCAGCCGGUUCAGCCGCUCAAGACCAACAACAGCAGCAUUAGCCUGAGCGCGCCCGCGAAAGCGGGCUCCAACCCGUUCGACGAGGACGACGACGACGACGAAGAAGAGCGGGAGGCGGAGGUGGCCGAGGUGGCGGAGGUGGCGGAGGUGGCGGAGGUGGCUGAGGAGACGCCGCCGCCACCGCCGGCGGCACUCAACCACAUCAGUGACAAAAAGGAGGAAGUGAAAACCGUCAGCAGCGCGGAGAGGACCCCGGACUGGUCCGACGAGGACACCACCGCCAACCCCUUCUCGGCCAACGGCGACGGCAACCCGUUUGAGGACGAGCCGGCCUCCCCGGUGGUCUCGGUGCCCGUCCGGGCUCUGUACGACUACGAGGGGCAGGAGCAGGACGAGCUCACCUUCAAAGCGGGUGACGAGCUGACCAAAAUCGGCGAGGAGGACGACCAGGGCUGGUGCAAAGGUCGACUCAAGGACGGCAAAAUCGGGCUCUACCCCGCCAACUACGUGGAGGACAUCCAGUAGUGACCACAAGUGAGUCAAGUCGAUGGAGACAAAGGUGGCCUUCUCGCCAACAUUUCCCGUGUUUUUGUGUGGCGUGGUAAGAGACGUGAGCCCACAAAAGGACCUUCCCAAGAUGGAGGAUCACUUAAGUUUGGCAUUAAGACACUUGUUGACGCUGUUACAAACUAAAAAAAAAAAAAAAAAAAGGCUCAUCAAUUAAAAUGCAGUAAACACUGGGCCUGAUGGAAGGUUUCAUUAAACGCAA